AAAGUCGAAUAAGCUAUCUCGCUUGGAGCGUCAUCUAGACAAACGAGCUGGCUUCGGCGGCUCACAUUCGGUAUGCGACCGCUCACAGUUACACUUGAACAAUCGAUAGUCACAAUAUAACCUCAAAAUUAGAAUCUACACACCCAAAGUCGUAAACUAAAAUCAUGUGCAGUUGUGUUUCCUGGCGGACUAGUGAUAUAAUUUAGUUUCAGUGUCUUGUGGUGCCUAUAAAUUAAUGCUUAGGAUUAAGUGCUCUUAUAAUAUCGAAUAAUGUGGAGCAUUCUCUUUGGCAACAGUUCUUUGCUGUAUUUCAAAUAGGUUGACUUCGAUUCUUGGGCAUGGCAUUUGCCUGCAAUGUUAGGCUGUAGCGCGGUAUGUCCCAAUUGCAAGCACGAGUUCCAGUGCUGCGCUCCAACUCAACCAUGCUGUGCUGUGAAGAGAUCUCUGCAUGUGUUGAGCGGAGGCGGCCUAGUAACCGCUCUGGCGCCUACCCAGAGCCCCUGUCCGUCACCGCAGGUUUCACCAAGCAUGCCGCUGGCGUUCAUCCUUCCACCAUUCGCUGCCCCCCUGCAGCUAACUCCAGCACCAUCAGAUGCCAAACCCGAAACCGAGCUGCAAAGAUUAUCGGAUACCGUUCGGGCUCUGCGCCAAUCCGGCUGGUACUAUGAGGGUAUCUCGUACCAACAAAGUCAUGAACUGUUGAAAGGAUCAACACCUGGAACUUUUUUAGUGCGAAAUUCCUCCGAUCCCAAAUUUUUGUUUUCUCUGAGUGUACAGACAGAACGAGGACCCACUUCAGUCCGUUUGUUUUAUAUUAACGGUUAUUUUAGACUAGAUGCGCAGCCCCAUUUACAGUCGGCCAUGCCGAUGUUUCCCAGCGUCAUAGAUCUGAUUCAACAUUAUGUCGAACAGAUUCGGUUGUACAGAAAUAAUGCCCAAGUUUGGGUAGAUCAACAAGGCAAAUGGUAUUCAUCUAUUUUGUUGGUUAAACCUCUCAGAAAAAAACCCGAACCAUCUAGUCUCAAGCAUCUGGCUAGAUUGGCAGUUCAUAAGGCGCUGCGUUCAUCUACAAUGCCUAGGUUGACAAUGCUACCACCCCCUCAUACUCAGUUAGACUUACCUUCUUCACUCACUGCAUACUUGUCGGAGUAUCCUUUCUCCCUCUGAGAUGCGCCAAAGACUGGUUGGUACCUUUACAUACCAACAUCAGGGAACACCAAUAAAGUAUUCUAAAAUGCACUCAUGAGUGCCUAGUUAGUUAGGAUAUGAAAUUACCAAUAUGGAUUCUGUUUGUUAAUCUUGGCACGAGUUAUGAAAUGAAACGAAAAAAAUGUACUAUCUGGAAUUCACUCAACAUUUUUGCCUUAUACUUAAGCUUAUUGCAGAAUAAUCAUUGGAAUAUUGUUGAAUAUUUCAACUAAAAGGUACUUAUGUGUUGGUUCAGUGAGUUUUGCUACAAUGAGAACAAUUUUUGGAAGUAAAUGAAUGUGAGUUAGUACUUUUAAGUUCCUUUAAAUGUAAUAAUUUAGACUUCAACAAGCUAGAAAUGUUUUUCAUGUUGGUAGGGCUCACUAAAUUUGCAAAAUUCAGAACAGAUAAUAUUGAUUAAACAAACAGUUGUAAGAUCGUCCUAGAAUUGAUUCCUAAUUAAAAUAAAGAUUGAAAUGCUUGCGUCUGUUAUGGAAUGAAGUAUGUACUACUUAAAGAUCUGGAAGAAACGCAGAUAUUUUUCCAAAUAGCCUUGCUCAUGUGUUCAAAGUGAAUCUCAUUUCAGACAGAGGAGAAAUAUUGUUAAAUAUCUGCAUUUCAGACAAUAUAUUAUCUAUGAGAUACUUAAAUUAAAUGGUUAUUUGCCAAAGAUUUUUCUUGUAUUCAUAGGCCUUUAUGAAUGAAGUAUAAGUGACUACUUUUACUUCUUUCAGGUUGAAUAAUGAAAAAGAUAAAUCUAUAGUAAACUCUUAUAACUGAUCCUUUAUAUUGUUUUCAAAGUAAGUUUUCAUAAAUAGUUGAUAGGUAUAUUUAUUUAUUUAUACAUUAUUUUGUAAGUCAAAUUAUAUAUCCUAUUAGUGAUAAUGACUUCAUGUUAAUUGAAAAUAAUCAUGUCUUUGAAUUACUAAAAAGACAAUUCUGAAAGCCCUUCAAUUCUGUAAUGUAAAUGAAAUAAUAUCUAUAAGAUAAAAUGUAAGCCAUAUUGGCUGAUUUUAUAAUGGCAGCAAAAUAUUACUUUUCAGAGAAAAUAAUUUUUAACAAAAUUAUGAAUAUUACAAUUUCUGAUUAUUUUUUACCAAAUGAUACUUCAACAUGCAAAUCUGCACCUAGUCUAUCAUAACAUUUGUCUCCUAUAGAAAUCAUAUUAUGUUAUAGAUAUACAAAAUAUUUUUGAUUGUUAAUCACAUUCACUAGUGUUUUUUCGGCAAAUUCUUUGUGUCUCAAUAUUGAUUAUUCUUAUAGUUAAACUCUGUUCAUCAGAUCACUUGAUGAAAAUAUAGUGUUAGAAUAUAAUACGGUUUUUGUCAUACUACCAUUUCAGUUAUUUUGUCAUGAUUGGUUUGUAAGAUAAUUACAUAUACAAUGUGUUCUUGCAUGAAUGGAUACUCAAGUCUACUCAUAUCCAUAAAAUCAGCUUUAAUUAACAGAAAUUCCUAGAAAUAUGGGCUAAUAUCACAAUAAUCAUAUUCGAAUAUCCUUAGUAUUGCCUUACUCCAUUUUCUGUCUGAGCAUUUUGUAACAGAAAAGUCUAGUCUGUAAUAGAUUGACUACAACUUGUAAAUUUCAUUAGAAUAAAUAUGGAAAAAUGUCUUUUAGUUGGAUUAACAAACAGAAUUUAAAUAACAAAUUGUAAUUGUGAAUGUAUUUAUAUAUUGUACACAUGGUAUGGAUGUAAUCGAGAGUGUGAUUUAGUUAAAAUGUAUUUAUUUCUCUAGAAAAAAAUUAAAUUAUUUAUUAUCAUA